GCUCAUGACGACCGCGGAUGGCACAACAAGUAAAUUCUCUUUCCGCUCGUGAGCCACUCUACCUGCAUUUAUAAUCGCAACAACUGGCACUUUGCAGUAUAUAACAAAAUAUACUUGCCCACUCGACUCGUCCUCCUUAUCCAUUACCUCAUUCACACUUUCAACUGAACAUUCCGCAAAGAUGGGUUCAAUCGCCACUCCCGCAAAGUUUCACAACACCCCGGCCAAAGGAGUCUCAUUCUUCACGCCGGCUCAGAAUCCUCCGGCUGGCACUGCCUUUGCCAAAGAUGGCGAGACCGUUCCGAAGCUCUUCAAGCCACUGAAGAUUAGAGGCAUGACGAUGCAGAAUCGCAUCAUGCUGUCGCCUUUGUGCCAGUAUUCUGCGGAAGAUGGACAUUACACCCCCUGGCAUGCGGCGCAUAUUGGCGGCAUCGCAUCAAGAGGCCCGGGACUCACUACCAUCGAGGCCACUGGUGUUACGGCAAACGGUCGAAUCACGCCGGAAGACACCGGCAUCUGGAAGGAUUCCCAGAUCGAGCCGUUCCGUCAAGUCGUCGAAUUCGUCCACAGCCAGAAUCAGCAUAUCAUGAUUCAGCUGGCCCAUGCCGGUCGCAAGGCUUCUACUGUUGCGCCGUGGUUGUCCUCUGGUGCCAUCGCCGGCAAAGACGUCAACGGCUGGCCCGAUGAUGUUGUUGCGCCAUCGGCGAUUCCUUGGAACGAAGAUCACCCGCAACCCCGAGAGAUGACCAUUCAAGAAAUUGAACAGUUCAAGGAAGACUUUGCUGCUGCCGUCAAGAGGGCCCUCAAGGCUGGAUUUGAUGCCAUUGAGAUUCACAACGCUCAUGGUUACUUGCUGCAUGCAUUCAUCUCGCCGGUCUCGAACAAGCGAACGGACAAAUACGGUGGAAGCUUUGAGAACCGCACCCGGCUAACCCUUGAAGUGGUCGAACUGGUCCGCAAAAUUAUCCCGGAUGACAUGCCGCUCUUCCUCCGAAUUUCCGGCACAGACUACCUAGAAGAAGUCGACAAGUCGAAGAUUCCCGAAUCCUGGACCGGCGAGGAUACCGCGCGCCUCGCGCCUCUUCUGGCAGCAGCUGGCGUGGAUUUGUUGGACGUUAGCGGUGGCGGCAACCACCCAGACCAACAUCCUCAUGUCGGCCCGGCGUAUCAGGCGAAAUAUGCCAUCAAGGCCAAGGAGGCUGUGGGCGAUAAGAUGCUGGUGGGCUCGGUGGGAACCAUCAACAGCGCGACUGUCGCGAAUGAUCUUAUUGAGAAUAAAGGGCUGGAUAUCGUGACUGUUGGGCGUGCUUUCCAGAAGAACCCUGGUCUUGUCUUUGCUUGGGGAGAUGAGCUGGGCGUGACGGUCCAAAUGCCCAACCAGAUUCGCUGGGGGUUUGCCGGGCGUGGAUCACAGGAGGGGCUGAAGCCGGUGAAAGCUUAGAUUUGAUGGAAGAU